CUUCCUCUUUCAGGCUAACAAGAUGCCGAAACCGAAGAAGGGCAAGAAGAAGGUAGCCGCUGCCCCCUUAGUGGCAAAGAAGACCGAGCCCAAAAAGGUGGUCAACCCACUUUUUGAGAAGAGGGCCAAGAACUUCGGAAUAGGUCAAGACAUCCAGCCUAAACGUGACCUGAGUCGCUUUGUAAGAUGGCCAAAAUACAUCCGUCUCCAGAGACAGAAGGCCAUCCUCCAGCAGAGACUGAAGGUCCCUCCUUCCAUCAACCAGUUUAAACAGGCCUUGGACAGGCAGACAGCCACACAGCUGUUCAGGCUGAUGGACAAGUACAGGCCAGAGACCAAGCAGCAGAGAAAGCAGCGUCUGCAGGCUAGAGCUGAGGAGAGAGUGAAGGGCAAGGACGACACCCCCACCAAACGUCCCCCCGUGGUCAGGUCUGGGGUGAACACAGUGACCACCCUCAUUGAACAGAAGAAGGCACAGCUUGUGGUCAUCGCACACGAUGUGGAGCCAAUUGAAAUUGUCCUGUUCCUCCCAGCAUUGUGUCGCAAGAUGGCUGUUCCAUACUGCAUUGUCAAAGGCAAGGCAAGGCUCGGACGUGUGGUUCACAGGAAAACCUGUUCAUGUUUAGCAUUGACUUUGGUCAACCCAGAGGACAAAUCUGCCCUAAACAAGUUGAUUGAUGCUGUGAAGACAAACUUCAAUGAGAGAGGCGAUGAGAUUCGUCGCCAUUGGGGAGGUGGAGUCAUGGGAGCCAAGUCUCAAGCCAGAGUGGCUAAAAUCGAGAAGGCCAAAGCCAAGGAAUUGGCACAGAAAAUGGGCUAAAAAACAAACUGUCAAGCUUCUAUCAUUUAAAAACAAUGAAUUGAAGACCGUCAUUGACUGUAAAGCUACUUCAUACAGAAUUGCUGUAAAAUAUAAAAAAAGAUGGAUAAUAAAAAAAAUUGUGGAAAAUA